CAAUCCCUAGUCACGCCAACUACCCACAUCACCGCCUUCCGACCACCACAUCUCAACUUUACUCCGCCACGGUACCACUCUCUCCUCUCCGCUUUCAAUUUCGCAACCAACCAUCUCUUCCUCCCGUCCUAUUCACCAUGACUAAACAACACGCUAAUUGGUCUCCAUAUGACAACAAUGGAGGAUCUUGUGUUGCUGUUGCUGGAUCGGAUUACUGUGUGAUUGCAGCAGAUACCAGGAUGUCGUCUGGUUACAACAUCCUCACUCGUGAUUACUCCAAAAUCUCUCAUUUAGCUGAGAAAUGUGUGAUGGCUUCUUCGGGUUUUCAAGCUGAUGUGAAGGCUUUGCAGAAGGUUUUGUCUGCUAGACAUUUGACAUAUCAGCAUCAACACAACAAGCAAAUGAGCUGCCCUGCAAUGGCUCAGUUGCUUUCAAACACACUUUAUUACAAACGCUUCUUUCCUUAUUACUCUUUCAAUGUGUUGGGCGGCCUUGACAGUGAAGGAAAGGGAUGCGUCUUCACAUAUGAUGCUGUUGGUUCCUAUGAGAGGGUGGGAUAUAGCUCUCAGGGUUCUGGAUCCACCCUCAUUAUGCCUUUUCUUGAUAACCAACUGAAGUCCCCCAGCCCACUCCUUUUGCCUGCCCAGGAUGCUGUUACUCCACUGUCUGAAACAGAAGCAGUUGAUCUGGUCAAAACUGUUUUUGCAUCUGCAUCUGAGAGAGAUAUAUACACUGGGGAUAGCAUUGAAAUUGUCAUCCUAAAUGCCAGUGGUAUUCAUCGUGAAUUCAUGGAGCUAAGGAAAGAUUGAAGUCUUUACUCAGACAUUUAUGUUCAUGAUAGACUUGUACUUGAAUGUUUAGUGCUCCUAAAUUCUGAAUGUGGUGAGGGUUUUUCCCAGCAAUAGAUUAUGAUUUGCCUUCCAAUUUGAACUAUUUCUGGUCUGCUGACAUUGUGACUAAACUGUAUUUUUUUUACUUUAUAUCUGCGUUGGAUGUUAUCUGAGCCAUUUCUUAACUCUA